AUCUUCGAUCAGUUUGUAUUAUGACGUUGGGAGAGUGUAGUCUAUUAGCGACGAAUCAAGUUGACAACGCUCGUGUCAAGUCUUUCUAUAUGAAUGUUAGGUAAAUACAUGAAUUAAAAAGUUGAAACCACCGAUCCCUUCACAUCAUACUUGUAUUCGUGUUUUAUUAAUAUCGUGAAAAACGGCAGAGUUCAUAAUGCCAAUUGCUAUUUUGGACAGAAUUCCUUUUCCAAAUUUGAGGGCCUAUACCGCUGGAAGUGUUUUAGCCCUUUCGGCAUGUUUAUAUUAUGCAAUGCAGACUAUAGAAGAUCCCAAUUGGGAUAGUGCCCCUAGUGAUAUCGGCAAUAUUGCUCAAAAUGGUUUGAAUACAACGAAUUCUUCUGAAGCCGAUGGUAGGACGAUGAGGAAAUAUAUGGGAGAUAUUUUCAUUGUAUUGGUUCGAGAGCCUAUAUGUGUUUGGACCAUGAUCAAUAUGGCGUUCUGCUGGUUGAUAUUGAUCGGAACAGCCAUCCAGAAGCUGGUGUUCGGCGAGCUCCGGGUGUCGGAGCAACAGCAUCUGAAGGAUAAAUUCUGGAACUUCAUUUUUUACAAGUUCAUCUUCGUUUUCGGCAUCAUAAACGUCCAGUACAUCGACGAGGUUCUGCUGUGGUGCUCUUGGUUCUCUAUGCUCGGAUUCCUCCAUCUGCUAUCGCAGCUUAGUAACGACCGAUUCGAAUAUCUAUCAUUUUCUCCAACUACGCCUGUAUGGAGUCAUGCCAAAUUGUUGGCGUUAUUGGGGGUGAUAUUUGCCCUAUCUGGAUUCAUGUUACUAGUAGCCGUGUUCGUGGGAUUUUUUGGAGGCAUCAACACUUUUGCAUUCAUGUCCGCAGAGGUAGUUUUACUCAGUGUGAGGACUCUUCAUAUCAUCAUCAAGUAUGCUCUCCAUCUCUAUGAUAUGCGCCACGAAAGUGCAGUUCCAAUGGUGCCAAAUGAAGAGAACAAAGUUUGGGAACGAAGAGGUCCAAUUAUUUACUACAUAGAACUGAGUUUUGAAAUGAUCGCGCUAGUCAUUGAUUUUAUUCACCAUUUACACAUGUUGAUAUGGAGCAAUAUCUUCUUGUCUAUGGCAAGUCUUGUUAUUUGUAUGCAGAUGAGGUAUUUGUUCCAAGAAAUCAAGAGGAAAUACAAGAAGCACAGGAACUAUUUAUGGGUUAGAAACCAUCUUGAACUUAACUAUCCCAUGGCCACUUCCGACGAGUUGAGCGAAAAUUCUGAUAACUGUGCAGUUUGUUGGGAGAAAAUGGAAAGUGCCAGAAAACUUCCCUGUAGCCAUCUAUUCCACAACACUUGUCUCUUAUCAUGGUUGGAACAAGAUACGACUUGUCCAACUUGUCGUCUGUCGUUGAACAUACAAAACCCAUCAGUUGCAAGGACAGAAUCCCCUGAUCUGCAAAUAGAUCCGCCCCAAAUUGUAAGAAGACAGUUGAAUCACUUCUUUCAUUUCGAUGGUUCAAGAUAUGUGGCUUGGUUACCAAGUUUUUCUGUGGAAGUGAGUCAUGCUCAGGUGGUAAGGCAAGAAACGUUGGCUUCUAAUUCUCAACUGGAUGCUAUGGCAAGACAAGUUCAAGAAUUAUUUCCGAAUAUUCCCUUAUCUGCUAUAACUGAUGAUUUGAGAAGUACAAGAUCAGUGGAACAAACAGUGGAAAAUGUUCUCGAGGGAAGACUUGUAGCUCCCCCUAUCUUCAGGGAACCUGAAACAUCUGUUAGAAGACCUACGCCAAUGCUACAUCCCUCGACUGCUUUUACCAGUGAAGAUAUCAGCACAAAAAACUGGGACGAAUACAACACAGAAACAGUUGAGACUGAAGACACAUUGAAUUUAGGGAGUAGAUUCUCCAAGUCGUCGCAAGAGAGAGAAAAAAUACUACAAAAACGCAAGGAAAACUUUAUUCAUAGGGCAAGAAAGAGGUAUAUUGAAAAACAUAGGGCUAACUUAAAUCCUCAUGCAGAUUUGCAAAGUUGAAUUGCACAAUUUCGAUUUCUAUAAGGAGACUUCGUUGAAUUGAAAGUGUAUGAAGAUAUGAAAAGAAAAUUUAAAGUUGUUUUCAAAGGAUGAGUAUUUAUUUGAAUGGACUAGGGAUUAUUAUUUUUCCCUUCUUUAUACAAAAAUGGCAGCUGGAAAAAAGAAAUGUUGUAGCUGUGAUCUCAAGAAAAUUAUACCUCUUUUAUUUUCUAUUUUUUUUUUUGUUAUUCUUCAAAAGUAUUCAGUUGGGGUUUUAGAUGAAAUAAUUCUGAUUAAAUCGAACUACCAUGGACUUGGAAAUAUUAUUGUAUAUUCAUGUGGGGGGUUUUAUAGAAUAAACUUAUUAUUAUGAUUUCCAAUUAUCAUGUUUUAAAUCUUCUCUAUAUAACUUAUAUCUCAUUUCAUCUCAAAUCAUAUCUGAAGUUGUGAUUGCAAGAUUUUUCUGAUUUUGAAUAACCUCUUGAAAUAAUAAUUUAUUAUCAUAUUUACCAUUGCAGUACGAGUUAUUUGAUCUGUAUACCUCUUAUCUAUGUUUUUAAUUUUUGAAAAAAUUAAACAAUUUCAAUUGGGGAGCCAUAAGAUACAAAUUCAAUUUAUUAUCACUUCAUCAUAAACUUUAGCUUUAAAUUCAUAUCAUUCUUUUAUUUUGGAAACUGUAUCAUGAAUGAAUAAAUUUUCAACAGGAAGCUAUUUUUGUAAUGAUAAUAUAACUUCAGUUUCAACUAAAUUAAGCUAUUAUGAUGAGGUGUGUUCAGAUAAAACACUUGCACUGUAAAUUACUUCAAAAUUCAUUUCUUGGAUAACUUGCCGAUAAGGCAAUUUUCUAGAAUGUUGGAUGCUUUGAAAUUAUAUUUUUCAUUACAAGUUAGAGAAUACAAGUCAAGAUUCAAUGUGUUGAAAGUGGUCAUCAAAACUCAAUGACUGAAUAAGAGGGCCACCUUCUACCUUUGUUUAUUUUUAUACGCUAAUGAGAGUAAAUAGGCUGUGUAAAGUGGGAUGUCAUAAACUGAGUUCCUGAAGAACAAUUGUUAUAUUUUUUCACCAUAGUAAUUAUUAACAUCUUGACAUAGCUUAUUUGAUCGAUUCAGUUUUAAAAACAUUUGAUGCAUUUAAAUUAAAAACUGUCACAUUAUAAGACUUAUUUAUUGUCAGAGUAUUUAUUCUGAGGUGUUUUUUUUUUGUCAGAAGGUAGAAUUCAUCAAGAUGAAUUACAUACUUCAACAAAUAUUGCUCAUAUAAAAUAUGCAACUUGGAGAUGAUAUCAGUUGUUUCCGGCUUUUUAAAUUUUUUUGACUGAAAUCAUCAAAUAGUUCAGUGUUUAUCAAACAGUUCAUGCAACUGUUGCUUGACUAAAAUAAAUAACUGCGAUUUAUUUCCUUAGGAUCAUUUGAAAUCUUUAGGAUAUCGCAAAGAACAGAUGAAAACUGUUUUAGAAUUGAAUCAUCACAUUUAAAGUGCCUAUGGAGUUAUUCUUGGACAAACUGAUUUUUUUUGUUGUUGUUUGUAUUCACAUGUUAUAACAUUGGAAAAAACUGUGCGCACAUCAAACUAAUGGAUAACACUUCGAACAACUCUGCGAAUAAUACAAUUUGGAUAAAUUUUAUUGGUGAGCUUGUGAAUUUUCUUAUGACUAUUUUGAAAGGUUUAUCUUUUUAUCGCGAGAUAGGUAUACAUGUUCUCUCAAUUUUAAUUUGAUUUCAGGUGGAGUUCCGGUCAAAAUAACACACAAUUUAGGGUUUAUUUUAUCAAUGAUUUUAUCAUCUUUGUCAUUUUGCAUAUUUUAUAUCGGCAAUUUUUUGUGAAGUAGUUCAUUUCCCACCUUCUAAGAAAAGUGUUUUCGAAAACACCCUGUACAAAUAUUGUAACAUAAUCCAUCCAGCAGAAUAUAAUUCUUCAUUUGUUUAAGCUGAAACUAUAUCAAAUCAAGUUGCUUAAGUGUAAUGUUUUUUGUAAGGUGAGACUUAGUCAAACACAACUGUUAACAUUCAAAACCUUUUUUUCUAUAAUUCAUAAUGUUGAAAUGCAUGAAUGUAGUUUUCUAGUAAUUAUGAACAUCUACUGACUAUUCGAUUGUUCAGAAGAAAGAUAAAUGCUUUUCGAAGUGUUAUGACUGAGAAAACUGUUUUAUAUUAUGACCAUCGUCCAUUGCUUGAAAUGACAUGCAUUUUAAGUGUAGAAUUCGACUGAAUGUAAUUUAUUUAAGGAUUCUAUCCUGAAUUGGAUGUUACUAGGUGCUGCAAAGUAUAGUAAGUUAUAUGAAAUUCAAAAUGAAAAACGUAAUUUGGCGCAAAAACAGUUUCAUAUGUUUAGGUACUUAAUAACAAUGAAAAAUAAUUGCAUAAUUCAGUAUAUCUUCAUUUAAUUCACGUAUCUAUCACUGGAUCAACUAUUUUGACUGAGCAAGUUUAGAAUUUAUUGAAGAUAGUAAUAUGUAAUUGCCAUGCAACUAAUAGUGAGCCAGAUAUUUGAGGCGUAAGUUUUGUAUUUCUUACACAUACUUACUUCACUGUACUUAUGUAUUUUAGCAGUCUUUAUUCUAGUUCAAUUAUUGUAUUACUGUAAUAAAUUGUUUAGAAGUUUA